UUGGUGACCCUUGAAACGCCGCUCUCGAAAAGUGUCGCGGUCACACGGCGUCGUCGUAUUUUGCAAGCUAAUUUCAAAACCCAGAUUUCGAUUCGAUCUCUCGCUACCAGAGUUGCAUGAGGUCUGACUAGUGCGUGUUGAAUGGUGUUUUAUCUUGUCUCGAAAUUUUGAUUAAACAGAAAAAUGUCGACAGAGCAUCACGAAAUUCCUGAACCAAAGCUUGAAGAAGUCUGGACUGAAAAAUGGGGAGCGUUCCACUGUUACAUUCAGGGUGAUAAGGAGAAACAGAAGAUGGUGUGUUUGACCUUUCAUGACAUUGGAUUAAACCAUUCAUCUUAUGUGAAGUUGAUUUCCCAGCCUGUAGCCCAUGGUUUGGCUACCAAGAUGUGCUUUGUGCAUAUCAAUGCUCCUGGACAACAAGACAAUGCAGAGCCCCUAAAAGACGGGUAUGUGUAUCCCACAAUGCAACAACUAGCUGAUGAGGUUCCAUAUCUGCUUGAGCAACUAGGAUUUCAAGAUAAGCACACCUUUGUUGGACUUGGUGAGGGCGCUGGAUCUAACGUUCUACUAAGAUUUGCUAUUGCUCAUCCUGAGCGAGUGCAAGCCCUGGUGCUAUUGGAAUGCACUGCUACCUCUGCAAGCUUCACUGAAUGGGGACAUGAGAAGGUUGCCGCUUGGAAUAUGGACAAAGGAAUGAAUCCAAAGGUCGAGAAUUACAUCUUAUGGCAUCAUCUAGGCAAUCAUUCAAAGGACAAGUUAGAUGUUGUACAGGAGUACCAUGAGAACCUCUACAAGAGAAUCAAUUCCAGAAAUCUUCAUCUCUUCAUCGAUAGCUUUAUCAAUCGUAAUAACAUCAUUGAUAAGUUGGAUGGUUUGAAGUUACCGAUGCUACUAGUCACCGGCAGCCGCUCACCUCAUCUUAAAGAUGUUGACAAAAUGUGGAGCCACGUGCAUGACAAGAGGCUUAGCAACUUACUGAAGGCAGAAGAUGUUGCCGGGGACAUAAAAGAGGAAGAUCCAAGGAAGUUGAUAGAGAGUAUGACUUAUUUCUUGCAAGGCCUCGGAUUGAUCUCCUCCCUACCUCUAACACGCCUCGGCCACUCUGCUUCCCUCGGGGAAACAUCUAAGGAACAUCGUGGAUUGAGCAUGUCGGACAUGGACAAACCAACGCACAGUACAAGCACCGAGAAAGAGUAAACGCGAGAUCUCUGACGUAUCUGAGCUUUAUGGCGAGAGUAUGCUGAUAAACACUAGACGGUUAUUUUCUGAAUGUUUAAAUGAACUGAAUAUAAAAUAAUGUACCUUUAUUUUUUAUUGAUUAUGAAAAUUGUAUCUUUCUGAUUGUGUUUUAUCUUUUUGUUGUACAUGUAAUAAUUAAUAAUUGAAAUAAGAUGCUUCUUUAAAAGAUAGCCUCAAUUGAACUUGAUCAUCUGUGCUAUAUAUAUAAUUCAAUAUUGAAUACAGGGCCAGUUUUAUGAAAUUUCCUAUUGAUUUUCCAUCAUUGCAAAUUAUUGUUUGUAAUUGUGCAUCAGUUAUUGUAAUAUAUUUUUUUUUUCCAGUUAGUAUUAGUUUAUAGACUGUAUUGUUUUAUGUACUCAUGAUACAAUUGUAAUAAUUUACAUCAUAUUUCAUGAAUGUAGUUUUUUGUUUUGAUGUCAAUUUAUUUUAUUAUGUUUCCUGGUCAAAAUUUUUCAGUUAUUUUUUUUUUUUUAUAGCAUUUUGCAUUUAGCACAGUGAGCUAUAUAAAUUAAUCCACUGUCUUUCUAAUGAUGUUUUCAAUCCCACUUGUAUUCAAAGAAUUGUUAUUUCAGUUAAACAAGACAGAGGGUCAGGUAAAAUCAAUAAAGACAAAAAACUACAGUAUAUCAUAUAUCUCGAAGGAACCAAAGAAUAUAUUCAAAUUCUGAUAAUUCCAACAUGAAAAUUGGUAACAUUAGGUUGCUAGGUAAAUGUAUUGUUUCUAAGCAAAAAUUACAUCAUAAAUAUUCAUAAGCAUGUAUGGUGUAAGGAUUCAUAUUAGGCUAUGUUUAUUGUGGAUGUGAAAAGUAAGCAUGGCGAUAUUGAGGCUCGAUGCAGAAUCCAGUGAUUGAACUGUUAUUAAUUUUUGAUGGCAACAUUGCUUGUCAUGGGAUUAUUACUCAUUCAGAUUAAUAAUAAAUCACUAUUUUCAAAAUGCA